AUGUGUGCCAAGCUGUUUGUAAAGAUAUAUAAAGCAGACGGCCUACUUAAAAGGGAUGAAUGCUUAUGGGCUCAAGUGAGGAGGAGAUUUUUAGAUCCAGAAGAAGUAGUCGAUCCAUAUGUUGAAGUCACUUUCAAUGGCUUAAAAGGUUCAACGUCUAAAAGGAAGAAAACAACAUCCCCGGCGUGGAAAGAACAAAUAGUGUUUAGCAUGGAUUUUCCUUUUCCUUUAGAUGACUUAAUUGUGCAUGUACGAGACGAUGAAAUUGUCGGUGACAGGGUCAUUGGUUCGAUGACUAUUCCUCUCGAUAAGAUAUCGAAUCCAAGAGAUAAUGGUUUCCUACCAACGUUUGGCCCGUGUUAUGUACAUCUGCACGAUUUGACUGCAAAGGAAGAUUUAGGCGCUCACUAUCGUGGCAGACUUCUCAUGGCUAUUAACUCAGAAAUAUUUUCUUAUAGAGAAUAUUCUGAACCAUCUGUAUCAGUGGAACUUACUGAUCCCCUGCCAGAAGGUAGUUUUGGCUACGAGUCUGAAUUUUUCCUGGCUGCUUGCAUUCAUGAAGCUACAAUGAUCAACAAAAAGGCUGUAAUUAACAAAGAUAUUCGAUUUACCCUCCAGUUAGGAAACUAUGGCAGGAACGUAUGUGAUGUAGGAGAAAUUGCUAGUCACUGCUGUGAUUCUCAAAAACCGAUGUCCAUCGACAAGAAAUACAUGUAUUUGCCAUUUGACGUUUGUAAGCCAUUCCUUUCUAUGGAAAUAACCUGGCCUGACAACAGCAGAAGAUUGUAUGCGUCCAACAUUCUUCUCAAGAUUGUGCAGCGAAUAACAGAAUUAACAGAAAAUGCAAAAGCUGAUCAAAGGAGUCUUGAUCUGAAUGAUUUGGCAGAAAUGACUAAAGAUUGUUUAAAAAUUUUGAAGGAGUACGAAGAGAUGUAUUCAGCUACUACAGAAUUGGAUAAAGAACGAUUUCGAACUUAUGAAAGUGAUAUUGUAGAAUCCUUCAAGUAUAUUUGUGGGACAUCUUCAAGUGAGGAGACACCGGAAGGGAUUAUGAAUGAGUUGGAUCUUUUAAAAGAAAAGCUUAAAUUAUUGGCAGAAAAUCCACAAGUGAUGUUUCCAGACAUUGUGUUAUGGAUGGAAUGCAAUUCGAAACGAAUUGGUUAUGUUACUGUACCUGCCAAUGAAAUUUUGUUUGCUGUCAGAGACCAUGAAAGAGGGCAAAGUUGUGGGAAAAGGCAGACUUUUUUCUUGUCCCCAAUCAGCAGGAAAAGAAAAACAGAGAUCUCCCUCAUGGCCAAAAUUGAGUGUUCUUUGUGGCUGGGGCCAUGCAGGCAUCAGAAUUAUUCCUUCGAAUUAUUAGCUAAAGGAAUGUCAAAGAUACAGGGUGGAGAUGGUGACCACGAUGAACCAGUAGUUCUUCAAUCAACAGAUGAAGAUCAAGAAAUGUAUGAGGUUAGAGCACAUCUAUAUCAGGCUCGAUCUCUUUCCUACUCUAAUUUAAGUCGUCGGAAUCCUGAUUGUUUUGCAAAGGUGUAUGUGAAAAACACUGCCCUCACAACACAGGUAUCAGAGAACACAUUAAGUCCCGUCUGGGAUGAAACACUGAUAUUUCCCGGACUUUUGCUGGAGAAAACGGUGUCUGAAGUAGCAAUUAUCGUCGAAAUAUUGGCAUUGGAAAAGCCAAGAUUUUUGGGAAGAAUGGUAACUACAUUACAUCUUUCUCAGCAUCCCAGACGUCUUCGGUGGCAUGAAGUUGAAUUGAUGGGUUCAGCAGAUGAUGCAAAUUUGCUUGCAUCCUUUGAAAUUUUUAAAAGCGAUCAAAGUGUGGUUGCUUUGGAAACGGGCAUAUUACCGAUACCUGACGAUAUAAGACCUCAUUUCUCCAAGUACAGAUUAGAAAUUCUGUUUUGGGGAUUGAGGAAAAUGAAACGUGUCCACCUAUUGGAAAUAACCCGACCCUGCAUCGAAGUUGAAUGCAAGGAUCACUUCAUCAGAUCGGAUGCCAUUUUCGACUACAAGAAACAUUCCAAUUUCAGCCGCAUGGUGCAGUACUUAGAUAUUGAUUUGGCUGACCAGGAAGAUUAUUUUCCGCCUCUAACUAUCAAAUUGCUGUCUUCAAGUGGUUUCGGUCGAAUAGAUAUCGUUGCCACUCAUGUCGUAGCAUCUCUUCAAACAUACUCAUUCAGAGGACAAAUUCAUUCCUCAUCGCAUGAAGUUGUGCAGAUAGAACUAGAUGAAAAUCCAGAUUCCUAUUACAUUCAAAAAAUAACUUUUCCUUGGACUCUUAAUAAUGUAGUGAAGAAUACGGAAAAUGAAGAGGAAGAAGAGGAAAAUAUUGAUUGGUGGGCCAGAUUUUACAUUUCAAUGAACUUGUGCUUCUUGUCUGAAGAAACGCAGUCAUUUGAUCGAAAAUCAGGAGAGGGAAUAACCAAAAAACCAUUGGAAUUAAACAAAGCUUCUAGACUAUCAUCUUUCAGUCAGCAUGUUUUCAGAGUUGCAGCGUUAGAUAAUGGAUUUCAAAAACCAAUUUUAAAUUCUCAAAAUGCAAGAGCAUUCACUGUGUAUGAUUGUGAAUUGGAAAACGUGGCUGAAUUCGGUGGACUCAAACAGUGGCUGCAUUCAUUUGAUUUGAAGAGAGGGAAACGGUUUUCUCGUUUGAAGGACAACAUUAUUGCUAUAUUCAAAGUGAGAAUUUCUUUAAUAUAUAGCUGA